AAAAGAGAGCGAGGAAAUCAGUUUUCUUCAAAUGUACAAUUAUUUUGCAUUAAAAUGGACCGCAGAAUUGACGCUUUUUUAUCGGAUUACGCAGAGCAAAAUGGGGAAGAGCUAGAGGAGGGAGAGGAGAGCGAAGAAUCCAGCCCGCUGCCAAAAACUGCGGACGAAUGGCUUGCAAGAAUGGGUUAUGUUACAUGGCCUAUAAAAUUGGAAGAGGAAGACAGACUUAAUUUAACACCGGAAGAUGUGGGAACUGGUACACUUGAAGAUAUUAUCAACGCUCUAGCAGCUCAUGCACCGCUUGACCUUAGCAUUUUGGAUGAAGUCUUGAAACAAAUUGAAGAAUUAGAAAAGAAAGUUAACUUUUAUGCAUCCAAGAUUUUCAAUAUUGAGAUAACUCCACAACAGGAUGAAGAGGUAAAUGAUCAAAAUGAUCAGCAAGCUGAUGCGGAGAAGAAAGUUGUAACACCUGUGGCUUUAGUCAGGCAUUAUAGAAGCAAUGAUGAAUCGAACGUCUUGGAGUCAGCAAGGAAAUCCCAAGAGAAGGAAGCUCAGAAUCGCAAAGCUAAAACAGUUGAGAACACAACAUAUUUUGGUUUCACACCAAACGAGCUUACGCCAUUACCAAGAAACUUGGAAUCUCAACAACUCCUAAACAAAGUCACCAAAAUUCAAAAUUUCCCACAACCUUUUAGGAAUGUUUGGAAAAAGGCGAUUUUAUCCGAAGCAUCUGUUGCAGUGUUUCAAGAUUCAUUUUGGUGGAUAUUUUGCCAACUGUUUGAACCAAAACAAUCCAAAGAUGUGAUAUUCUCACGUAUUUCCGAUAGUUUUGUUGCACUCUUUUUCCAUAUCCCAACGGCAUACAAGGAUCGAUUCUUCCACCACUACCCCGACUGCCUGGCACAAGCUUUGUAUGCUGGCUUCUGCGAGGCAUUCCCAGAUUCGUAUAAAAUAUUUGGCAACCCUUUUAAAGCCACUUUGACUGACACCAUCUUUGAGUGGAUAUCGGGCGUCCGUCCUCGGCCUAUGAUAUGGGAAACCUGGCAACUAGAGGAAUUGGAACCAGCGGGAUUUCAAAAUUCCGAGGAAGCUAGGAAAUCACUCAUUCCAAAAACAUUGUCUUUUGACAUUGAUGGUAUCUUAGAGAAUGAGCGAGUAUCCCCUUCUGAGAAGAGUAAAGCAAGAUCCCCUUCCCCUGGACAAAGCUCUGAGACCUAUAAGUCCCAUCCUGCAGGAAGCGGUCCAGACUUCCAUAAAGUCCAGUUCAAUAUACUAGGGCAUAGCCCAUUGGUGCUGCACUUUAUGAGAGUAAAAGGGGUCAGGGAAACAGAUUUGGAAAGCGUUAAAAAAGUCGUUGGUCGCACAGAGAUAGCCCGGCUGCCUGAGCCCAGACCGACGUAUCAAGAUCUUAUUAACGAGUGUAAGAAAAAUUCACAAUUGCUGAGUCAGCAAUACCGUCUUGUGCUUCAGAUGUCUGCAGAAGAAAGCCAACAUAUUCAGAAACAAAAGCGUCAAGUCAUUGCGAAGAUCAAUCAGAUGCAAGUCGAGUUAACAAGAAAACACAGUGACUUUAAAACAUUGAGUGAAAAAAUAUACGAUCUAGUUUUAUACUCAGAUUAUUCUUAAAAUGCAAAGUGUUGUUUUAAAAUUUUUUAAAUUAUUAAAAUGUUGGACUUUUUCCUGUCCCAAUUUCUCAUAUUU